AUGGCUAAACCCUUUAAACCUCUCCCCUUUCUCUUCUUCAUAAUCUUCUCCUUCCUAGUCCCCACUUCACUCCCGCUCCCGCUCUCAACAAACAACCGAUGGAUCGUCGACUCGGCGACUCGGGAGCGAGUCAAGCUCGCCUGCGUCAACUGGCCAUCCCACUUGGAAACCAUGCUGGCCGAAGGCCUACACAUGCAGCCGCUCCCGCGAAUCGUUUCGUCCGUAGUCCGAAACGGCUUCAACUGCGUCCGUUUCACCUUCGCCACCCACAUGUUCACCCGUUUCGCCAACCGCACGGUGGCCCAGUCGUUCGACGGGCUCAACCUGACCGAGGCCAAGGCCGGGAUAGCCCACUACAACCCUUCCCUCCUGGGCCUGACCCUCGUCCAGGCCCAUCAGGCCGUGGUGGACGAGAUGGGCGCUCAGGGGCUCAUGGUGGAUCUCGAUAAUCACGUCAGCAGGCCCAGCUGGUGCUGCGCGGCCCACGAUGGGAAUGGGUUCUUCGGCGACAAGUUCUUCGAUCCGCGGGAGUGGUUGGAGGGCUUGAAGAUCGUCGCCAAGCUCUACAGAGACAAACCUCAAGUUGUGGCAAUGGGCCUGAGAAACGAGCUCAGAGGCCCACGCCAGAAUGCCCACGAUUGGUACUACUACAUGAAGAAGGCCGCAACGGAGGUCCACAGGGCCAACCCAAACGUGCUUUUAUUCAUCGGAGGGCUGAAGUACGCCAACGACUUGACGUUUCUGAAGCAAAAGCCGUUGGACUCGACGUUUGGGAACAAGCUGGUUUACGAGGCCCAUUGGUACCCUUGGAGUUGGGAGAAGCAAACCGUUUGGACCGAAAAGCCGCUGAACCAUCUCUGCCCGUGGAAGCUCAAUUACUUCAUUAACCAGACCGCUUUCAUGAACACUCUGGACCGCAACCCGGUUCCGAUUUUUGUUGGGGAAGUCGGGACGGACCAGAGAGGGUUGAACCGGUCGGGCGACUACUUCUGGUCUUGCUUCUUGUCUUGGGCAGCUGGGAUGGAUAUGGAUUGGGGACUUUGGGGUUUGCAAGGGAAUUACUAUUUGAGGGACAAGAACAAAACCAACGCUGAGGAGACAUUUGGUGUGUUGGAUUACUAUUGGGGCCGGGUCAAGAACCCUUACUUGCAGAACCGGUUGGGUUUGAUCAAGAGCAAGGUCCAAGGGAGCUGCAUGCAGGCCGCCGGAGACAGAGAAAUCUACGCCGGAGACUGCAAGGCCAGCAACAUAAGCAGAUGGAUACACGACGGAGAUGGGUCUCCGAUCAGGCUACAGAACCGGAGCCACCUCUGCCUGGAGGCCGCCGGCGAUCUACAGAGAGUUAAAUUCACAACCAACUGCAACAGCCCACAUAGCACUUGGACAAGGAUUUCCAACUCCAAGCUUCUGUUGGCUGCCAAGGACCAAAAUGGGGGAUACUUGUGCUUACACAAGGAAUCUCGUUACACCAACAGCAUUUUCACUAGGAGGUGCAUGUGCCUUGGUGAUCGUGGUGAUGGUGAAGAUGGUUGCCUUGAGAUUGAUUCUGAUGAUCCUGAGAAAGAUCCCACCAGCCAGUGGUUUCAACUCGUCCAAACAAAUGUUUAG